AUGGCGGUCAAAAGCUUCUCCCGUUUCCUUUUCGGCAUUGUUGCCGUCUGCCUUUGGGCAGGCCACAUGCUCGAAGCACAGGCUGCUCCCGAACCCAUCACGGAUUCCCUCAUUCGGAGGCAAUCAGCCGAUGACAAGCUGGUGUUUGCGUAUUUCAUGGUUUUCAUCUCCUUUGACUUCAACUGGUGGCAUGCGAACACUCAGGCUGCCGACGUAGGACACAAGAUUGCUCAGUACGCCUGCCUUCCCGCGCAGCUGAAAAUCAACGGAAGAGUCUUUGCCUCAAGCUUUAUUGGGAAUGGCCUUGAUGUGGCCCAAAUGAGGGCGGCGGCAGGAGUCGACGUCUUCUGGGCGCCCAACUUUAACCCUUCCCAAACCCCGAAUAAUGGGACCCUCGACUCGGCCUUUAACUGGAUGGCCUGGCCAAACAACGGGGCCAACAAAGCCCCCCCAACCCGGACAUAG